UUGCUCUUUGUAUUUUUUUUUAGAUAUGAAUUCAUAUUAGUAUACGAUUAAGUUUUUCGAUAUUGAGUGGAUAAUUUGUCAUUGUAAAAAUGACAAGUUCGCUUGUUCAGCAGUUUGUUCAGCGGCUCAAAUCGAAACACGAAGAUGCUCGUAACAAGGCGGCUCGUGAGCUCUGUCUUUACGUUAAGACGGAGUUGCGCGAGGCCACUCAAGAAGAAAUCACCAUGUUCAUGGACGAAUUCAAUCACCACAUCUUUGAAAUGGUAUCUGGCUCCGAUAUUAACGAAAAGAAAGGAGGAAUACUGUCCAUCGUUUGCCUCAUCGGUGCCGAUGUGGGAAACAUCAACACACGGACUAUAAGAUUUGCUAACUAUCUGCGCAAUCUGUUGCCAUCCAACGACGUGGGAGUCAUGGAACUGGCUGCCAAGACGGUGGGUAAGCUGGCUCUGGUGUCGGGCACCUUUACAGCUGAGUACGUGGAGUUUGAAGUGAAACGUGCCUUCGAAUGGUUGAGUGGCGACAGGCAUGAAAAUAAGAGGCACGCCGCCGUUCUCGUUCUCAAAGAGCUGGCAGUCUCCAUGCCAACCUAUUUCUUCCAGCAGGUGACUCAGUUCUUCGAGCUUAUAUUCAAUGCAGUGCGCGACUCGAAGCCCGUGAUUCGCGAAGGUGCUGUGGAAGCCCUGCGAGCUGCUCUGGUAGUCACCGCCCAGAGAGAAACCGCGAAGCAGAUGCACAAGUCCCAGUGGUACAAACAGUGCUACGACGAGAUAGUGACCGGCUUCGAAGACGUUUACAGCAGGGAGAAGGGCUUCAAUAAGGACGACAGGAUACACGGCUCGCUUUUGGUGCUUAACGAGCUCCUACGCUGCAGUAAUCUGCAAUGGGAGCGGCAUUACGAAGACCUGAUGGAGCGUCUUAAUUGCUCCUCCCAGGGCAACGACAACGAUAUCCUCUCCCUAAUGCCUCGGCUCAAGACGAAUCUGGUCUCCAAGUGGUCCUCCCCUCCUCAAAAUUCAACCAACGUCCAGCACAGCCUUUACCCAGUCCACGAGUCCGCCGCCUGUCGUAGCCUCAUGCUCGAGAAGCUCGACGACAUGAACGGCGACGUGAUCAAUCAACGUCACAGCCGUAACAGUCACAUUCAAAACGCUCUCAUGACUCUCCUGCCGCGGCUCGCAGCUUUCAACAAAGCCAAAUUCGUCGCCGACCAUCUACGCGAGUGCCUGAACUACCUGCUGCUGAGCCUCAGGGGCCGAGAGAAGGACAGGGCCGCGGCGUUUACGACCAUAGGCCUAAUAGCCGUCGCCGUUGACGAGGACAUCAAACCCUACCUGCCCAAGAUCAUGGAUGUCAUAAAGAGUUCGCUGCCCUCGAAGGAGACGCCGAACAAGAAGAGAAGCUCGCCCCUCGAGCCCGCCGUCUUCGUCUGCAUAACGCUACUCGGUCACGCCGUCGAGCAAACCAUCACGGCCGACGUGAAGGAUCUGCUCGAGCCUAUGCUCGCCACCGGCCUGUCGCCGAUACUCACCACGUCGUUGCGCGAGUUGGCUCACAGUGUGCCCUCCCUCAAGAUGGACAUUUCCCAAGGCCUUCUGCGGAUGCUCUCGCAGGUGCUAAUGUACAAGCCGUUGCGUCAUCCGGGUGCUCCGUGGAUGGCUUCGAGUCCGAUUUCAGCACCACCCACGGAAAUAGACGUGGCGUCCACGGUCCUCGGUCUCCGUACUCUCGGGACCUACAAUUUUGAUGGCAAUCCCCUGCUGCAGUUCGUCCGCCGCUGUGCCGAUUACUUUCUCACCUGGGAAGAGCCGGAGGUUCGCCUAGAGGCCGUUAAAACGUGCUCGCGACUCUUGCGUUUGGCUCUCAGUCAGCCGGGACCUACAGUCACCAGCACCGUCUCGAGUGUCCUGGGCAAGCUCCUCGUCGUUGGCAUCACCGACACUGACGCAGACGUGCGCUACUCGGUCCUCGCCUCCCUCGACGAGCCAUUCGACAUACAUCUCGCUCAGGCAGAAAGCUUAUCCUGCUUGUUCGUCGCUAUGAAUGACGAGGUUUUCGAGAUACGCGAGCUAGCGAUCCGCACGAUCGGGCGCCUCAGCGACAUGAAUCCAGCCUACGUGAUGCCAUCGUUACGCAAGACCCUCAUCCAAUUUCUUACGGAGCUCGAGCACUCGGGCAUGGGACGGAACAAGGAACAAGCCGCUCGUAUGCUCGAUCACCUUGUCGUUUCGGCGCCACGGCUCAUUCGACCCUACAUGGAACCGGUGCUCAAAGUCCUCGUGCCGAAGCUCAAGGAACCCGAGCCAAAUCCGGGUGUCGUACUGGCCGUGCUCAGGGCCGUGGGCGUCCUCGCCGAGGUGAGCGGUGCCGAGAUGCAGCCUUGGAUGCCCGAGCUGCUUGCCAUUUUGCUGGAAAUGCUCGUCGACGCAUCGUCCCCGGAAAAACGAGGCGUGGCACUCUGGGUACUCGGCCAGCUGGUUGGGAGUACGGGUCACGUAGUGCGCCCCUACAUGCAGUACCCGUCGCUCCUCGACGUCCUCAUGAACUUCCUAAAAACGGAGCAGCAGCCGGCCGUGCGCCGCGAAACGAUUCGCGUGCUUGGCCUCCUUGGCGCCCUCGAUCCCUACAAGCACAAGAUGAACCUCGGGCAGAUCUCGUCGCCGCAGCUCGAGGCUCUGAGCUCGACACCCUCGGCUGACGCGCGACCCGAAGCCGUCGACGAGCUCAGCACCAGCGAGAUGCUCGUCAACAUGCCCUCGGCCACCCUCGAGGAGUACUACCCGGCUGUGGCUAUCGCCACGCUCAUGCGUAUCAUACGCGAGCCGACACUUGCACAGCACCACACGAUGGUCGUCCAGGCGGUGACGUUUAUCUUUAAGAGUCUCGGCAUCAAGUGCGUGCCAUAUAUAUCCCAGGUGAUGCCGAGUUUCCUGAAUGUGCUGCGUACCGCUGACGUCGGCUUCCGCGAGUACUUGUUUCAACAAUUAGCCAUACUCAUAGCAAUAGUUAAGCAGCAUAUACGCAACUACCUCGACGACGUUUUCGCGCUCGUUCGUGAAUUUUGGACGUGGAACAGUCCUCUCCAGAGUACUUUGAUACAUCUAGUUGAGCAUGUAGCCGUAGCUCUUGGUGCUGAAUUUAAAAUAUAUCUACCUCGAUUAAUGCCUCAGAUCCUUCGCGUACUUAGUCACGAUACGAGCAAAGAGCGACAGGUAACAGUGAAGCUCUUGCUCGCCCUUCAGAAAUUUGCCGGCAACCUCGACAAUUACCUUCACCUGGUGCUGCCCCCGGUCGUCCGCCUGUUCCAAGCCUCACCUGACUGCCCGGUCGCCGUGAGCCGUUGCGCCCUCGAAACGGUCGAACAGCUAGCCGAGAGCCUCGACUUCACGGACUUUGCCUCCCGGAUAGUGCAGCCCCUCGUGCGCACCCUCGACCAAUGCCCGGAGUUGCGCAGCCCUGCCUGCGAGACGCUGUGCGCCUUGUUGCUCCAGCUCGGGCCCAAGUUUCAAAUUUUUUUACCCCUGGUGCAGCGUGUGAUGGCGCGCCACCGGAUCGUCCAUUCGCGCUUUGAGAGCCUCGUCGACAAGGUCCAGAGCGAGGCGAGGCUGGGUGGCCAGGGUCGCUUCGAGGCCUCCGAGCACGAUCACCUGCUGUUGAGCAGCGCGAGGCAAAGGCAAGCGCGUAGCAAGAGCCAAAGAGCGGAGCUCGGACUUGCCUCCGCCGCCGAUACCACUGUCAUUAAGAAGCUCAACGUCUCCGCGUCCAACUUGCAGAAAGCCUGGACGGCGACGAGGCGCGUCUCCAAGGAUGAUUGGCUCGAGUGGCUACGGAGCCUCUCCAUAGGUUUACUGAAGGAAUCACCCUCUCCUGCGCUGAGGUCCUGUUGGGCGUUGGCCCAAACCUAUUCUCAGUUACCACGUGACCUCUUCAACGCAGCAUUCGUCUCCUGUUGGAGCGAGCUCGACACCGUUCAUCGAACGGAGCUCGUGGCGACGCUCCAACAGGCCCUUAUGGUGCCCGACCUGCCGGAAAUCAGCCAAACUAUCCUCAACCUUGCCGAGUUUAUGGAGCACUGCGACAAAGGGCCCCUACCGCUGGACAGCAAGGUCCUGGGCGAGAGAGCAAUGCACUGUCGAGCCUACGCCAAAGCCCUUCACUAUAAAGAGGACGAGUUUCACAAGGGUAGAAGCGGUGCCGUGUUUGAAUCAUUGAUCAGCAUAAACAAUAAAUUACAACAAAAGGAAGCGGCGGAGGGCCUCCUGGAGUAUGUGAUGAAUCAGCAGCAGGAGAACAAUAAGCAGGAACUGAAGGUUCAGGUUAGAUGGUACGAGAAGUUGCAUAAUUGGGACAAGGCGCUGCACCUGUACCGAGAGCGACUAGAGGCCGAUUCCCAGGACGUAGAGUCGACCCUCGGUGAGAUGCGAUGCCUGGAGGCACUCGGCGAGUGGGGACAGUUGCACGAGGUAGCGAUGCGCCAGUGGUCAUCUAACACACAGGAGACGAAGCAGCGUAUGGCGAGGAUGGCGGCGGCGGCUGCCUGGGGUCUCAAUCAAUGGGAGAGCAUGGAAAAACACGUGGCACUAAUACCCAAGGAUACGCAAGACGGGGCCUUUUACAGAGCCGUCCUGGCUAUUCAUGACGAACAAUAUAAUUUGGCGCACAGGCUCAUCGAUAGCGCGAGGGAUCUAUUGGAUACGGAGUUGACGGCUAUGGCUGGCGAGAGCUAUCAAAGGGCCUAUAAUGCCAUGGUGGAAGUGCAAAAGCUCGUCGAACUCGAAGAGGUAAUUCAGUACAAGCUGGUGCCAGAGAGACGAGCGAUAAUAAAAUCAAUGUGGUGGGAGCGACUCCAAGGGGGGCAGCGUAUCGUCGAAGACUGGCAGAAAAUCAUUCAGGUGCACACCCUUGUCAUUUCGCCACAGGAUGACAUGUACACGUGGCUAAAAUACGCUAGUCUCUGUCGAAAAAAUGGCAACCUCAUGCUCUGCCACAAGACCCUCGUCAUGCUCCUUGGCAGCGAUCCAUCACAGACCUCACCCGAUCAGCCGCUCCCCACGCAACAUCCACAGGUAACUUUCGCUUAUUGCAAGCAUAUGUGGGUGGCCGAUCAGCGCGAAGAGGCUUACGGACAAUUGCAGAGUUUCCAACAACAACAGCAGCAGCAGCAGCAACAUCAUCAUCAUCACCAUCACCACCACCAACAAUUGCAGCCAGAGGACGAUAGGCAACAGGUGGCGCGUAAACGACUUCUUGCUCGCUGCUACCUUAAGCUCGGCGAUUGGCUCGAGGCUCUUCAGGGCAUCAAGGAGGAUUCCAUACCUGCCGUGCUCUCCUACUACGCCGCUGCUACGAAACACGAUCCCAGCUGGUACAAGGCCUGGCACGCCUUCGCCUAUACGAACUUCGAGGCCGUGCUGUUUUAUAAGCACCAGCAGGAAGAAACUAGUCUGACCGAGCAGAGCACCGCUACCUUGGCCAACGGCGUGACGCGAAGUAAUCUCUCCUCGCAAUAUAUAUCGAGGUUCACUGUUCCAGCCCUCGAAGGCUUCAUCAGAUCGAUUAACCUCUCCCAUGGAAACUCGCUACAAGACACGCUUAGACUGCUCACGCUUUGGUUCGAGUACGGGCAGUGGCCCGAGGUAUACGAAGCCAUAAUCGAGGGCAUCAGGCUCAUUGAGAUCAACACGUGGCUGCAGGUGAUACCUCAAUUAAUUGCCCGGAUCGACACGCCGCGCGCUCUGGUGGGCCGCUGCAUUCACAACCUCCUAGUCGACAUUGGCAAGACACAUCCUCAGGCCCUCGUCUAUCCCCUGACCGUGGCCUCGAAGAGCGCGAGUCAUGCGCGCAAGACCGCCGCCAAUAAGAUUCUCAACAGCAUGAGCGAGCACAGUCCGACUCUCGUGCAACAGGCGAAAAUGGUGAGCGAUGAGCUCAUACGCGUUGCCAUACUCUGGCACGAGCUUUGGCACGAGGGUCUCGAAGAAGCCAGUCGCUUGUACUUUGGGGAACGUAAUGUUAAGGGUAUGUUCAACACACUGGAGCCUCUGCACGCGAUGUUAGAACGAGGCCCGCAAACGCUCAAAGAGACGUCGUUCAAUCAGGCCUACGGUAGGGAUCUGAUGGAGGCGCAGGAAUGGUGCCACAGGUAUAAAGUCUCGGGGAACGUACGCGACCUUAAUCAAGCCUGGGAUCUCUACUAUCAUGUCUUCCGACGAAUUUCGAGGCAGUUACCGAAGUUAACUAGUCUCGAACUGCAAUACGUCAGCCCAAAACUGCUACUCUGCCGAGAUCUCGAGCUCGCGGUGCCCGGGAGCUAUCAACCGGGACAGCCUGUAAUCAGGAUUGCCAGUAUACACAGUUCCAUGCAGGUCAUCUCGAGCAAGCAACGUCCGAGGAAGCUUUGCAUUAAAGGUAGCAAUGGUAAAGAUUACAUGUUCUUACUGAAAGGACACGAGGACCUUCGCCAGGACGAACGUGUAAUGCAAUUGUUUGGUCUAGUCAAUACACUAUUACUUCACGAUCCUGAUACUUUCAGGAGAAAUUUAACCAUUCAGAGAUACGCUGUUAUUCCGUUGUCUACGAACAGUGGCCUUAUCGGUUGGGUGCCUCACUGCGAUACUCUACACACGUUAAUCAGAGAUUACAGAGACAAGAAAAAAAUUCUUUUAAAUAUCGAACAUAGAAUUAUGUUAAGAAUGGCACCGGAUUACGACCACUUGAUGCUCAUGCAAAAGGUGGAAGUAUUCGAGCACGCGCUCGAGCAUACUCAUGGCGACGAUCUAGCACGACUACUGUGGCUCAAGUCACCCUCGAGCGAAGUAUGGUUCGACCGUCGCACGAAUUAUACGCGAUCUCUAGCCGUCAUGUCCAUGGUUGGCUAUAUCCUCGGGUUGGGAGAUCGGCAUCCAUCGAACUUGAUGUUGGAUCGAUUGAGCGGCAAAAUACUUCAUAUAGAUUUUGGCGAUUGCUUCGAGGUUGCAAUGACGCGCGAGAAGUUUCCUGAAAAGAUACCGUUCCGCCUUACACGGAUGCUGAUAAACGCAAUGGAAGUGACGGGGAUCGAGGGUACGUACCGUCGUACGUGCGAAUCGGUGAUGUCGGUGCUGCGUCGCAAUAAGGACAGCCUCAUGGCCGUGCUCGAGGCCUUCGUCUACGAUCCACUGCUCAACUGGCGACUGAUGGAUAACGCGGCGCCCAAGGGCAAGCGCAGCGACGCGCAGGGCAUGAGCGCGAGCAGUAGCCAGGAACACGGCGACAUGCUCGACUCGAUCACCGCCACUUUACCAAAGAAAGGUGUUCCAUGUAGUAUCGAGAACGGAGGUGACAGUAAUCAACCAGAAGGAUUAAAUGAUAAAGCUAUUCAAAUCAUAAAUAGAGUUCGUGAUAAACUUACUGGUCGAGACUUUUUGCCCGAGGAGACGCUCAGUGUUCAACGACAAGUGGACUUACUGAUACAACAAGCGACAAAUAAUGAAAACCUUUGUCAGUGUUAUAUAGGAUGGUGUCCAUUUUGGUGAACAACUCAAUUUUCGAGGCCUUUAAUACAAGAGGGUGUUUUGCAUUUCUGCGAACGUGUAUUCUAGCGAAAAUAAAAGAAAUGAAACACAAUAGGGAUACAGUUAAGAAUGCGCGUUUUACAUAGUUCCUGUUAAUGCAUUGUGCAUGUAAAUAUUGGAAUGAAUCUAAGUCUGAAUGUGUGUGUGUAUAUAUAGAAACGCUUAUAAAUGUAUUAAAGCUAAGGUAAUACAGGAGCAUUCCCGCUUUAAAAAGAACGUCUAUUUGUUUUCAUACCUACAUACCACAAAAAUAAAAAUACCAAAUUUACUAUUAUUUUUAAUUCUUUCUCAUUAUAAACUGCCAUUAUAGCUCGUAUGAUAUUCGAUAUUAGUUCUUUCGUAUUUAUAAUUCGAAGCUUGAAUAUAUUAUAUGAUUUAACGAGAAACGAGAAAAAAAAAAUGAAAUUAUACUAUUUAAUGAUGUCGAUUGUAAAUGUGGGCCAGUCGUUGCAUUUAUGUUAUGCAGAGCAAGUGAGAAACAUUACCAAUUGAGAUUAUUGCAUUAUGUGUAUCAUAUAUAGUAUUUCUGUAUUAACGUGAAUAAAUAAUACGUGAAUUAAUUCCAUAAUUGCAGUAGCUAAUAAUAGUUUUAAGAAAUCGGAAAUUUAAAAAAGGAAGCACGGAAAUUCACUCUAGCAAU